GGGCCUCUCCCCAGAAUGCCUUGCGAAGGAAGUUUCCCCCCCCUUUCCCGAUCACUAUGGAAACCAGGCCUAGGCUCCCGAUGCGAAGCCGCUGGCAAUUUGCUUAGAGCGAGCUGGAGCUCCGGACCCGCGAUCUGACGGUCAUCGUGUGGGGCGAGGGGUUUGACGGAUCCCGGCGGCCGUCGUCAUGUCGUUCCGAGACCUCAGAAACUUUACUGAGAUGAUGAGGGCUCUGGGAUAUCCUCGCCUCAUCUCCAUGGAAAACUUCCGCACUCCGAACUUCCCUUUGGUAGCAGAAAUUCUCAUCUGGCUGGUUAAAAGGUAUGAACCUCAGACAGAUAUCCCAACAGAUGUGGAUACAGAGCAAGAUCGAGUUUUCUUCAUCAAAGCUGUAGCUCAGUUCAUGGCUACUAAAGCUCACAUUAAACUCAACACGAAGAAACUGUACCAGGCUGAUGGUUAUGCAGUGAAGGAGCUGUUAAAGGUUACCACCGUUCUCUACAAUGCCAUGAAAACAAAGCGAAUGGACAGAGAUGACGACGCUGAAGAAGAGAGUUGCAAGUUCAAAUUUGAUUUGGGGUCAAAGAUCUCCGAUCUGAAGGCUGCAAGACAACUUGCCUCCGCAAUAACCGCUAAAGGAGCUACGGUGUUUGAUUUACUGGGAAAGGAAGUGGAGCUGAGGGAGAUGAGAACAGCUGCAAUCGCGAGGCCUUUAGAGAUCAAUGAGACUGAGAAGGCACUUCGAGCUGGAAUUCAGGAGAUUAUGGGGCAAGUGCAGAAGACCAAGCACAUGUUGAACAAUGUGGCCUCUGAUGAGGCCAACCUGGAGGCUAAGGUCGAGAAGAAGAAGCUGGAGCUGGAGAGGAGCAGGAAGCGACUGCAGACCCUGCAGAGUGUCAGGCCAGCAUUCAUGGACGAGUAUGAGAAGGUCGAGGAGGAACUGCAGAAACAGUACGAGACCUACGUGGAGAAGUUCCAUAACCUGUGCUACCUAGAGCAGCAGCUUGACGAUCUGCACAGGCUGGAGCAGGAGAGGUUCGAGGAAAAUGAAAACACUCUGCGGCUGAUGCAAAAUAAACUGAAGGAGGAAGAGAAGAGACUGAUGAAAAACUCUGGAAAAGAUGAAGAUUCUGACUCUGACAUGCAGGAGGAUGAUAGCUCAGACAGUUACCUGGAGGACAGGAGACCACUGAAGCCACGACUCACCAGGGGACUACCAGUUCACGGGAGAGCUGGUGGUCGAGUGGUCGGGACGAUGCAUGGAGCUGACACAGAGGAUGAGGAUGAAUCGGACAACAGUGAAGAUGAUGAUGAAGAUGAGGAAGAAUAUGAAAUAGUUGAUGAUGAUGAUGAGAGCAUUGAUAUUCAGCCAGAUCAACCCCCGAUGCGAACACACAAGCAGGAGCUGCUCGAGGAGAGUGACAAUGACUUUUAGUUCAACUGCAGGCAACAGCUCCAAUGCGCAACAAAGUUAGUGAUCUACACAAAGAUGUUGUGAUAAACUUUCUGGCCAAGCUCCAGCUCAUUGUAUUAUUACACAGUGGAAAGACAACUGGAGCAGAUACACGCUGUUACAGAAACAGACAGUGCAUCCAAUUCCAGUACAAAAACAUUUACCUGCCACUUUUGACCUAGAUUCAAUACUGUAAAAAAUAAUUAAAGCAAGGCAAUUUCAAACUACCUGGU